GCAUCAGGAGAAAGAAAUCCAGCGUCAGCGCGAGUCCAUCCUCCUCAUCGCAUCAGAGAAUGUCACGUCUCGCGCCGUCUUCGACGCUCUUGGCUCGCCCAUGUCGAACAAGUACUCCGAGGGCUACCCCGGCGCACGUUACUAUGGCGGCAACGAGCAUAUUGACGCUGUUGAGCUGCUAUGUCAGAAGCGUGCGCUCGAGACGUUCGGUCUGGAUUCGGAGAAGUGGGGAGUCAACGUGCAGUGCCUGAGCGGUAGCCCGGCGAACUUGCAGGCCUACCAGGCCAUCAUGAGGCCACACGACAGGCUGAUGGGUCUGGAUCUACCGCAUGGUGGACAUCUGAGUCACGGUUACCAGACACCGCAGAGAAAGAUCUCAGCUGUUUCUACCUACUUCGAGACGUUCCCUUACCGCGUAAACCUCGACACCGGCCUCAUUGACUACGACCAGCUCGAGCAGAACGCCCUCAUGUACCGUCCCAAGGUACUCGUUGCCGGUACCUCCGCAUACUGCCGCGAGAUUGACUACGCCCGCAUGCGCGAAAUCGCUGACAAGGUCGGCUGCUACCUCCUAAUGGACAUGGCCCAUAUCUCCGGCCUCGUCGCUGCUGGCGUAAACAAGUCGCCUUUCCCGUACUGCGACAUCGUCACCACGACUACCCAUAAGUCGCUCCGUGGACCUCGUGGCGCAAUGAUCUUCUUCCGCAAGGGCGUGCGCAAGACGGACGCCAAGACGGGCAAGGAGACUCUCUACGAUCUUGAGGGACCCAUCAACUUCUCCGUCUUCCCCGGUCACCAAGGUGGCCCGCACAACCACACCAUCACCGCGCUCGCCGUCGCACUCAAGCAGGCACAGACGGAGGACUUCAAGCUUUACCAACAGCAGGUCAUCAAGAACGCCAAAACCCUCGAAGUAGCUUUCAAGGAACUUGGCUACAAGCUCGUCACCGAUGGCACAGACAACCACAUGGUACUCCUGGACCUUAAGCCCUUCGCCCUCGACGGCGCACGCGUCGAAGCCGUGUUGGAGCAGGUGAACAUUGCGUGCAACAAGAACACCACACCUGGCGACAAGUCUGCCUUGACGCCAAUGGGCAUUCGUAUCGGAGCGCCGGCUAUGACGUCGAGGGGUCUGGGUGAGGAGGACUUCAAGAAGAUUGCAAACUACAUCGACAUUUGCAUCAAGCUAUGCAAGAAGAUCCAGGGUGACCUACCCAAGGAGAACAACAAGCUCAAGGACUUCAAGGCCAAGGCAGCAUCUGGUGAGGUUGAUGAGAUCAACAGCUUGAAGAAGGAGAUUGCGGCGUGGGCCGUCACUUUCCCUCUACCCAUCUAAGCCCGUCUUGGUCGGUAUCGGGUGGCGUAACAUGGCGUUUGAUGGGGUUUUCAACAAAAAGAAUUGAGAUGGCGUCUUUCAACAUGUCAUGGAUUACGAAAGAAGACGGGAAUCGAGUUGAAUGAUACCUAAGGC